AUGUUUCAAUCCAUCAGUUAUGAUCAGAAUGGCAAGGAAUUGGAAUCAGUACGUGAUGUUGGUACUGUGAGCACUGUCAGAGGUUAUUUGUUCUACAGUGCCGAAGAUACGAAACAAUUGGCUAUAGCAGGAUGGACCUACCCCAAAAACGUUGAGGUCAUAAAUGCAGCAAGUUUGGCAUUCAGUAUGUUCAUCCCAUUGAAGCAUCUGCUGAAUAUUCUCAACGAUUAUGAAUGGGUCUCAUAUGGUAAACAUUCCAUUCGUUUGGUAAGAGCUGGAAACGAUAACAACUGCUUCAAAAUCACCGGAAAUGCUGUUGGCACCGCUGUUGUACCCACAAAAGUACAAUUGGGAAUCGAAAACGUGGAACUCAAAGUGAAAAGACUAUUUCCGAACGAUCAAAUCAAAUUGCAACUUUUGAAGGCAAUCAAAGCCGACACUCCCAUCCUGAUACCCUCCAGAAAAUGGGAAUUGCAUAUGUUGCCUUCUCUCACGACAGGCGCCACCAAUGAAAUAUGGGCCGACAACACAUCUCCGUUUCUCGAAAGUCCUAGAUAUUGCAUUGUUCGCUUUCGAACAGAUCAUGAUCUGACUUAA